AUGCGAAAGUUGGAAUGGGACGACAUGGGAGUGAAGGUUGAUGGUCGGCAGCUACACCAUUUGCGCUUUGCUGAUGACAUCGUACUGGUAACACCUAGCAUCAGCCAAGCGGAACGAAUGCUGACCGAAUUCGACGAAACAUGUGGAUGCAUCGGUCUUCAGCUGUCUUCAGGUGAAUUCUCACAAACUAUGGUAUUAGAGGUGUCCUAUGAUCAAAACAAAUGGCGAAACCAAUAG